AGGGAAGGCACUCUGCAAAAUGAGGGAAAAUACACCACAAGUUCUCCCCAUACUUUUGAAAAUGGGGAUGGAGAUGAACUAGAACCAGAGGAAAUUGACUUCGGUGAGGUUGAAGAGGUCAUUGAUUUAGAUGGCAGCGUAUAUGAAGAGGAGGAGGAUAUGGAAGAAGAUGAAUCAAUUCCAGACAUGUCUUCUGUGAAAUUUUCACAGCAUAAAGGUUCAGUUUUUGCUUGCUCCUUCAGUUCUAAUGGUUUAGUGGCAACAGGUGGUGAAGAUGAUGUAGCUCACAUAUGGAAUGCAAAGGAUGGAUCACUUCUCUACACUUGCACUGGUCAUAAGGACAGUGUCACCUGCCUGGCAAUCAGCCACGAUUCUAAUUUUCUUGCUACAGGUGACAUGAGUGGGUACAUUCAAGUGUGGAAAAUCGCAGGUUUCUCAAAAAUUUGGGAAUUUGAAACCGGAGAUCUCAGUUGGUUGGCCUGGCAUCAUGGUUCUCAUGUAUUACUAGCUGGCACAAUGGAAGGGGAUUUGUGGAUGUGGCUAGUACCCCAAGGGAAUGCACGUACCUUUCCAAGCUAUGGGUCAACGUCACAGUGCGGAGCAUUUCUGCCAGAUGGCAAAAGAGCUGUUUCCGGAUAUGAUGAUGGGUCAGUGCGUGUAUUUGACUUGAAAUCAGGCGAACUGAAAUGCCAGUUUAGCGGUGGUUUGGCUCAUUCGGGACAGGUGACGAGCAUUUCAGUCCACAAAGACAAUGCUCUGGUAAUGUCUGGGUCUUCUGAUGGUACAGCAAAACUUUUCAACACAGUUAGUGGAAAGGUGGUAGGGACACUUAACUGUGAUGCUGCUGCAAGGUCCCAAGCAGGUGAUGAUGAUGACGAUGAUGAUGCGCAUGUCGAAAAUAGUGUGGAAGCUGUCAGCUUCUGUCCGUUGAUUCCCAAUAUUGCUGUUACAAGUACUCUGUCGGGUCUUGUAAUUAUAUGGGAUAUUUCCACUCAGGUUAUCAGACACACUAUAGUACAAGGAUGUGGUACAACACAACUUGUUUGGCAUCCCACCGAACCUAUUGUCUUUGCCGCUGGUUUGGAUGGUGUAGCACGAGUAUAUGAUGUCCGCUCAGGAGACCUCCUUAAAAAAUACACUGGACACCAAAGCAGCAUAUUUUAUAUGGAUAUUCUAAAGGAUGGUACUGCUUUGGCCACUGCUUCGGAUGAUGGCACAUGCAGGGUCUUCAAUCUUACGGACAGUUAAAAAUUGUUAAUGUAAAAAAGUAAAUAUAAACGAGUUAUUUUGUUCUUAAAUUUGCAUUUUUCUUAACAUCAUUGGAAGGAUAUUUUAUUGCUCUUGAUAGUACAUAUAUUAGAUUCUUUAACACUUGGAAUGAUUGAUUUGUGUAAGCUGUUAUAUAGGAAACUUUAAAGCAGCCUACAAAAACAUUCCAGUAUAAAAUAAGGAGUGUGCGAUGAAAGAACUCGCCUGCAGAAGAUGCUUAAAAAAAGGAAAUCAAAGCAAAUACUGGAUUGUAUACCCACGAGAUGGAUUUGUGAAAGGAAACUCCUGUGAUUAAUAUAAGAAAAACUUUUAAUAUUUUUGUAUACUAAUGUGACUGCAGUUUUGGUGUUUGUAGAUUUGUACUACAGACAUUUGGUCAUGAAAUGUCUUUCUCCUUUAGUAGUUUUAGCUUCUUGCUUUCAUGUUUCAUAUAACUGUAGGGGGUUACUGUCUUGCACUGUAGAUGGUAUUACAAAAUGCACCAUUUGUACAUCCUUA